AUGCCUAAAGGUAAAGGUAAAAAGGGAAAAGGAAAGGGCAAUAAAGAGGAGAAGAAUGUGUUCUUCGAGCAAAAGGAAGCCCAAGUAAAGGAGAUGCUCAAGACACUUUAUGCAAUUUACGAUCCAGAUGAAACAGAAACAAUCAAAGAAGAAGAUUUUAACGAUUUUGUUCGUUCUCUUGGUUUAUACCCUACAAAUGCAAAACUUAAAGAAAUUGCAGCUCAAUGCCGCGAAGAUGAAACAAAUACGUUUUUUAAUUGUCCAAAGCUAGAAUCUGUUCUUAUUCCAUUAGUUAUUGAUGCUAUGAUUAAUCCAAACUCAGAAUUAGCUCCACCAUCAGAAGAAAAGCUUUUACUCGCUCUUAAAUCUCUCGAUCUUGAGCAUAAAGGACAUCUUACUGAAGGUGACUUCAGAACUAUUCUUUCGUCAAAUGGAGAGAAGUUAGAUCCAGAUGAACUCGACCCUGCUGUUGAAGAAGCUGUUAAUCCAGCAACAGGCGUAGUUAAUCUAGAAAUAUACGCAGGCCACUUACUGUAUAAUGCAAAAAUAUUCUGA